CACUUCAUGUGCAGCUUGAAAUGCGGAGUAGCUGCAUCCGUUUUCUAUCAGGCUGUUUUUUUUUCUUUCUUUUUAAAAUUUGUUGUAAAUUACAUUUGUUAACAGGAUAGAUCCUAUGGCAUUUUGAUCGAAGUAAUUUGUUUUCAGCAAGAUGAAAAGAUGGAGAAUCCAAACUUUAUUAUGCAUGCUUCUAAGUGUAUGUCUUUUGCCAACUUGUCGGUGUGCUCAUGGGACAUAUGCUCAUAAGCUCCUGAAUGACCUGUUCACCAACUACACCAGUGCUCUGAGGCCAGUGGAGGACACAAACUUCAUACUGAAUGUGACCCUGCAGGUUACACUGUCACAAAUUAUUGACAUGAUUCCCCAUGUUUUUGUGUCUUUCAAGGAUGAGCGAAACCAAAUUUUGACUGCAUAUUUAUGGAUACGGCAAGUAUGGGUUGAUGCACACCUCAAAUGGAAUAAAGAUGAUUACGAUGGACUCGAUACCAUCCGCAUACCUAGUAGUUAUGUAUGGAGACCUGAUAUAGUCCUAUAUAACAAUGCUGAUGACCAUUUCACUGGCCCCAUGGACACGAAUGUGGUGAUCCGUCAUGAUGGCCAGAUAACGUGGGAUUCACCGGCGAUCACAAAGAGCUCCUGCAAAGUGGACGUGUCGUUCUUCCCUUUCGAUGCGCAGCAGUGCAGGUUCACGUACGGAUCCUGGACCUACAACGGAAACCAGCUUGACAUCCUGAACGCCAUGGAGAGCGCCGACCUGGCUGACCUGGUGGACAACGUGGAGUGGGUGGUGAUGGGUAUGCCAGCUAAGAAGAACAUUAUUCAGUACGGCUGCUGCGCUGACCCUUACCCUGACGUGACAUACACGCUGAAGCUGAAGAGGAGGGCCUCAUUUUACGUCUUCAAUUUGCUCAUACCGUGUGUGAUGAUCUCUUUCCUGGCUCCGCUGGGCUUCUACCUGCCUGCUGAUUCUGGAGAGAAGGUGUCUCUGGGUGUCACCGUGAUGCUGGCGCUCACUGUCUUUCAGCUCCUGGUUGCAGAGAUCAUGCCUCCAUCUGAGAAUGUGCCGCUUAUUGGAAAGUAUUACAUUGCAACCAUGACCAUGAUCACAGCCUCCACUGCUCUGACCAUCUUCAUCAUGAACGUUCACCACUGUGGGCCGGACGCCAAACCUGUUCCCAAGUGGGCCAAGACGUUCAUCCUGCAGCACAUGGCCAGAAUGUGUUUCGUGUAUGAAGUCGGGGAGAACUGCAUGUCUCCACAAGUGGAGAGACAAGAGCCUCCACCUGUGAAGAACAACAACUGCACCAUGAACGGGCAGGUGGGACCCUGCAGAGACGACUGUGUCUUCAGAAUGGAGGGAGGACAAGAGACAGCAGAGGAGAGAGAAGACAUGGAUCAGAUGAUGAGUCCACUGGGCUCAAUGGGAAGGAACCCGACCAACAACUACAGCUCUUGGAAGAAUGGCGUCUACAUGAGCAUGGACUGUGGAGAGUCGGGGGCUAAGAGUAGAUGCAGGAAAGGAGGAGUGAGUGAUGGAGAAAAAAAAGACAGAGAGGUUUCCUGCGACGAGAGGCAGCUGCUGCGAAACAUUGAGUACAUAGCAAACUGUUACAGAGAUCAGAGGGCGACGCAGAAACGGACGGGGGAGUGGAAGAAAGUGGCCAAAGUGUUAGACCGCUUCUUCAUGUGGUUAUUUUUCAUUAUGGUGUUUUUAAUGAGCCUCCUAAUUAUGGGAAAAGUCAUCUGACACAGAGAUUGUUAUAUUUAAUGAGUAUUCAGAUUGCAUUCAUCCCAAAC